CACUCCAAUUCAAUUAUUUGUAUUUAACGCCCGCUAAAGUGCUUGUCACGUUCGUGGUGUGAUGUUAGCGUUUAGCUCUAACCUUAACGAGCAGCACACAGCGCCUGUACGCGGCUGUGCUGUCAACGCUGACUUUAGCUAACAAAGGCUCCCUUCAGUUUGAGGACAAAUGGGACCUGAUGCGUCCCAUAGUACUGAAGCUGCUACGGCAGGAGUCCGUCACCAAACAACAGUGGUUUGACCUCUUCUCAGACGUCCAUGCUGUAUGCCUGUGGGAUGAUAAAGGUCCAGCAAAGAUCCACCAGGCCCUCAAAGAGGACAUCUUAGACUUCAUCAAACAAGCACAAGCACGGGUGUUGAGUCACCAGGAUGACACGGCGUUGCUCAAGGCUUACAUCGUGGAGUGGAGGAAGUUCUUCACACAGUGUGACAUCUUGCCCAAGCCUUUCUGUCAGCUGGAGAUCACGCUGAUGGGCAAGCAAGGAAGCAACAAGAAGUCCAACGUGGAGGACAGCAUCGUCCGCAAGCUGAUGCUGGACACAUGGAACGAAUCCAUCUUCUCCAACAUUAAAAACAGGCUACAGGACAGUGCCAUGAAGCUGGUCCACGCAGAGAGGCUGGGGGAGGCCUUUGACUCUCAGCUGGUCAUUGGAGUGCGAGAGUCUUACGUGAACCUGUGCUCCAACCCUGAAGACAAGCUGCAGAUCUACAGGGACAACUUCGAGAAGGCGUACAUGGACUCUACUGAGAGAUUCUACAGAACCCAGGCGCCCGCCUACCUUCAGCAAAAUGGGGUCCAAAACUACAUGAAAUAUGCCGAUUCAAAGCUGAGGGAAGAGGAGAAACGAGCACUGCGAUACCUGGAGACCAGACGUGACUGUAACUCUGUACAAGCAUUAAUGGAGUGUUGCGUCAAUGCACUGGUAACGUCGUUCAAGGAGACCAUCUUAGCCGAGUGUCCGGGCAUGAUCAAACGAAAUGAGACUGAGAGUGAGUACGGCAGGACCGCUCCCACCAAAGGCUCUGCCAGCUCAGAGUUGCACCUGAUGUUCUCUCUCAUGGACAAAGUGCCCAGUGGCAUCGAGCCCAUGCUGAAGGACCUGGAGGAGCACAUCAUGAGCGCUGGCCUGGCUGACAUGGUGGCUUCAGCGGAGACCAUCACCUCUGACUCAGAGAAAUAUGUGGAGCAGCUGCUCACCUUGUUUAACCGCUUCAGUCGACUGGUGAAAGAGGCUUUUCAGGACGACCCGCGCUUCCUGACAGCUAGAGACAAAGCAUAUAAAGCUGUUGUGAACGAUGCCACUAUCUUUAAAUUAGAACUUCCCAUGAAACAGAAAGGGGUAGGUCUGAAAACUCAACCAGAGUCCAAGUGUCCGGAGCUGCUGGCCAACUACUGUGACAUGCUGUUGAGGAAGACCCCACUGAGCAAGAAGCUCACCUCAGAGGAGAUAGAGGCCAAGCUUAAGGAAGUGCUGUUAGUGCUGAAGUACGUCCAGAACAAAGACGUGUUCAUGCGCUACCACAAAGCCCACCUGACCCGUCGGCUCAUCCUGGACAUCUCGGCGGACAGCGAGAUAGAGGAGAACAUGGUGGAGUGGCUCAGGGAGGUAGGAAUGCCAGCUGACUACGUCAACAAGCUGGCCAGGAUGUUUCAAGACAUCAAGGUGUCAGAGGACCUCAACCAGUCUUUCAAAGAAAUGCACAAACAUAACAAGCUUGCUUUACCAGCCGACUCUGUCAACAUAAAGAUCCUGAAUGCUGGAGCCUGGUCGAGGAGCAGCGAGAAGGUUUUCGUCUCUCUGCCUACAGAGCUCGAAGAUUUGAUACCGGAGGUAGAAGACUUCUACAAGAAGAACCACAGCGGCAGGAAGCUUCACUGGCAUCACCUCAUGUCCAACGGCAUUAUAACCUUUAAGAACGAGGUGGGCCAGUACGACCUGGAGGUGACCACCUUCCAGCUGGCUGUGCUGUUUGCCUGGAACCAGAGGCCCAGAGAGAGGAUCAGCUUUGAAAACCUCAAGCUGGCCACUGAGCUGCCAGACGCGGAGCUGCGACGCACUCUUUGGUCUCUGGUGGCGUUUCCCAAGCUCAAGCGGCAGGUGUUGUCCUACGACCCGGUGGUGUCUUCACCCAAAGACUUUGCAGAAGGAACACUAUUUUAUGUCAACCAGGAGUUUUCCCUCAUAAAAAACUCCAAAGUUCAGAAAAGAGGGAAGAUUAACCUGAUUGGUCGGCUGCAGCUCACCACGGAGCGAAUGAGAGAGGAGGAGAAUGAGGGCAUCGUUCAGCUCAGGAUACUAAGAACGCAGGAGGCCAUAAUUCAGAUCAUGAAGAUGAGGAAGCGCAUCAACAACGCCCAGCUGCAGACGGAGCUGGUGGAGAUCCUAAAGAACAUGUUUUUACCACAGAAGAAGAUGAUCAAGGAGCAGAUCGAGUGGCUGAUAGAUCACAAGUACAUAAAGCGGGACGAGACCGAUAUAAACACCUUCAUCUACAUGGCAUAGCACAGCACGUCAGGACGACGCGCGUUGACUUUGGUUUCAGUGGAUCAGGCCUGAUGGACACUAGGAUACUUCCAGGCUCCCCCGUCCUCUAUUUAAAAAAAAAAAUUAAAAAAUCCAAUCUUGUGCAGGGAGGCAUGAAUUAAAGACUGAGACCUACCUAUUUAAAAAAAAAAAGUGGAACUUCCUGCCUUAAAGUUGUACAAAGAAAAGAAAAUGCAGGAGUUGCAGUGGGAGUUUUCACCAAGUGGUUGUAGCUGUUCUGAGUUGGAGGGAGUUUCUUUUGCUGUCCAGAUGAGGCCGUUACCUGUCAAAGGUCUGUUUUUGAUGCCAUGCUGUGUCCCCUGGGCAGCUGCAGCAGCGAGUCUAAAGGCAUGCUGACAGGAAAAGCUGAGGAACUUUGGACUACAGAUGUUUUCAGAUCCAGUUUUAAAUCCACGUCAAACGCAGACCAUCAGAACCUUGAACAAAACGCUGCCCCUUUCGCUGAACAGCAACGUUGGUUGGUUUGUCGCGGGCGCCCUGAUGCUGUCAUGACUCUCUGCAGUCACAGUUAAAGUGAUCAAACACUUAAUCCGGACAUUCAGUGUGUAUAAAGAGCCAGAUAAGCACUUCACAGUCUGCAGGACUGAACCAGACGGCAGCGUUGAGCGAACCUCGUCAAGCCUCUUUCUCUGGGUAAAAAGGAGUAUGUGGCAAACAAAAUUAGCAUAUUGCUAUAAUCCAAAAUCCAUUUCCCUCCGCCACACGUACCCAGAGGCAGAGGUGCUGUUGGAGUCGAACCCGGAGCUCAGAUCAUAUUAGUGACAGCUCUGUUUCCUGCAGAAAGCCUGGGAGAAGAGGCCGAGGUCAGUAUUACACAUGGUAAAUACUACAAUUCAAAGGUAUAGGAGAGUGUACCAUGAGAUGUGAAUAAUGAAAUGAUUAAAUAAACAGCACCUUAUUAUAAAA